AUGGCGAAGGUAGCACUGAUCACGGGAGGAGCGUCCGGCAUCGGGCUAGCGACAGCCCAACUCUUCGCAAGUAAAGGAUGGACUGUCGCUAUCGCCGAUCUGAACGAGUCCGCUGGCAACAAGUACGCCGCUGAGCUCAAGGGGUCGUUCCAUAAGACGAACGUUACCGACUACGACAAUCUUGCACAGACCUUUGUUCAGGUAUGGAAGAAGUAUGGCAGACUUGAUAUGGUCUAUGCAAACGCUGGCAUCGUCGAGAAAGUGAACUUCUACGAGGAGUACAAAUCAGAUGACGACGGCUUGCCUCCACGCCUAGAUGAUGUUGUGCUCGAUAUUAAUCUCAGAUCCGUGGUAUGGACCGCUCAUCUGGCUCUCCACUUCUUCCGGAAGAAUCAGGACAAGCCGGGAGGCAGUCUUGUGAUCACAGCAUCCACUGGAGGGCUCUAUGCUACACCAUUGCUGCCCAUGUAUGCAGCCGCCAAGUUUGGCUGCGUUGGAUUGGUGAGAUCACUCGCUGUCUACCUCGAAGGCACGGGCAUCAGAGUCAAUUGUGUCUGCCCCGGAGCUGUCGCUACCGGCUUGUUGAAGAAGGAAGAAUGGGCCAAGUUUCCCCAGGACACGAUGACACCUGUGGAGAACGUUGCGAAGGCAGUGGCUAAACUUGUGGAAGAUGAGAGUCUGACUGGGAAGUCCUUGAUGGUCGUUCAGGACCGGUUGACCAUUAUUGACAAUCCGGAGCCAUCAGAUCCGGCACUGCAUGGCAUGAUGUCGAGGGAUAACAAAUUCAAGGACGGCAUGUAG